AUGGGGAACUUCCGCAAGCUCGGCCGCCACGCCGCCCACCGCGUCUCCAUGCUCAGGACGAUGGUUUCGCAACUGGUGAAGCACGAGCGGAUCGAGACCACUGUCGCGAAAGCGAAGGAGGUGCGGCGGAAGGCGGAUCAGAUGGUGCAGCUCGGCAAAGAUGGUACACUAGAUUCAGCAAGACGUGCCUCAGCAUUUGUUCGUGGUGAUGACGUAGUUCACAAGUUAUUCACAGAGCUUGCGUACCGCUACAAAGAACUCUUCAGGCUAUAUAUUAAUGUUCCACUUCUAUAUAGGGAUCGAGCUGGUGGAUAUACAAGACUAUUGCGAACCAGGAUACGAAUAGGAGAUGCUGCACCAAUGGCUUACAUCGAAUUUGUCGACCGGGAGAAUGAACUUCGAGAGGCCAAACCUUCGACGCCACAGCCACCCCAGCGUGCUCCUCUUGAUCCAUGGACCAGGUCCCGUGCCAGCCAACAGUGGGCAGGUCCUAAAGUCAGCCACAACUCUGGAACCGAAGGGCUGUGAUAACCAAAAACUCUGUCUAUCUUUAUUUUGUGUUUAUGAGAAGCUUUUUCAUCUUUACACACGCUAAUUAGGAGCUCCAUUCUGCAAGAGACCAAAAACUUGUGUUUCCACAGGAUG